GCUCGGGGUCCCACCCGCCACGCCGGUGAUACCCAAGAGAAAAAUUUCCCAACAGUGCAUCUGCCUGGUGUUGCCUUACGGCCAGCAAGCUGUUUCUGUGGAUACCAGGACGUAAGCUUCUCGGGCUGUGCUUGGAAUGGUCCCCAUGCAACUACCAUGUGAUAGGCAAUGGCACAAGUUAAGAUGCAGACUACAGCAAACCUGUCCGGACCUGCCAUGUCCCCUAUGGUGCUACCCCUACCAGUUACAACUACAAAUACACUGGGUCUGCCAUCCUCAAUGAACGGAUCCAUUUCGGAAUCAGCUGCCAGCUGUAGCAGUCCUACUGCCGGCCUCGUGGAUCCUGCGCCUUCUAGCAACUCACCAGCUCCUCUCCAAGAUAACAUGGCAAACCCCAAAGAGAAAACUCCAAUGUGUCUGGUAAAUGAGUUAGCCCGUUUCAAUAGAAUUCAACCCCAGUAUAAGCUUCUGAAUGAAAGAGGGCCUGCUCAUGCCAAGAUGUUCACAGUGCAGCUGACUCUUGGAGAACAGACAUGGGAAGCUGAAGGAAGCAGUAUUAAAAAGGCCCAACAUGCUGCUGCUAGCAAAGCAUUGAAUGAAACUACCCUACCUAAACCAACGCCAAGACCACCCAAAAAUAAUGUUAACAAUAAUCCAGGCAGUAUAACUCCAACAGUGGAGCUGAAUGGUCUGGCUAUGAAAAGAGGAGAGCCUGCCAUCUACAGGCCAUUAGAUCCAAAGCCAAUUCCCAAUUACAGAGCAAAUUAUAAUUUCCGGGGCAUGUACAAUCAGAGGUAUCACUGCCCAGUGCCUAAAAUUUUCUAUGUCCAGUUAACUGUUGGCAACAGUGAAUUUUUUGGUGAAGGAAAGACUCGUCAAGCUGCUAGACAUAAUGCUGCAAUGAAGGCCCUUCAAGCUCUCCAGAAUGAGCCUAUUCCAGAAAAAUUACCUCAGAAUGGAGAAACAGGAAAAGAAUCGGAAGAAGAUAAAGAUGCAAACAAGUCUGAGAUCAGUGUAGUGUUUGAAAUUGCUUUGAAGCGCAAUAUACCUGUCAGUUUUGAGGUUAUUAAAGAAAGUGGACCUCCUCACAUGAAGAGCUUUGUUACACGAGUUACAGUAGGAGAAUUCACUGCAGAAGGAGAAGGCAACAGUAAGAAACUCUCAAAGAAACGUGCUGCAAUGUCUGUCCUACAAGAACUUAAGAAACUUCCUCCUCUUCCUGUGAUUGAAAGGCCAAAACUCUACUUUAAAAAACGUCCGAAAACAAUAUUGAAGACUGGACCAGAAUAUGGUCAAGGAAUGAAUCCCAUCAGUCGUCUGGCUCAGAUCCAACAGGCCAAAAAGGAGAAGGAACCGGAGUAUGUUCUUCUUUCAGAGAGAGGAAUGCCUCGCCGUCGAGAGUUUGUUAUGCAGGUAAAAGUAGGCAAUGAGAUUACUACUGGAACAGGCCCAAACAAGAAAAUAGCUAAAAGAAAUGCAGCAGAAGCAAUGUUGCUACAGCUGGGUUACAAAGCUUCUACUCCUCUUCAAGACCAGCCGGAAAAGCUUGGAGAAAACAAGAGUUGGAACGGCCAGAAUGUUGGGUUUCCUGAGCCAACAAGUAACACACCAAAGGGAAUACUCCAUCUCUCUCCUGACGUUUAUCAAGAGAUGGAAGCAAGCCGCAACAAAUCAGCCCCUGGUACCACUGUAAGCUAUUUGUCGUCCAAAGAAAUGAGCCAGACUUCUAGCUCUUUCUUCAGCAUAUCUCCUACAACAAAUAGCACAGCUACAAUUGCCAGGGAACUUCUCAUGAAUGGAACAUCCCCAACUGCCGAAGCCAUAGGUCUAAAAGGAAUAUCUCCUGCUUCCCCCUGUUCUGCAGUGCAGCCUUCAAAACAGCUGGAGUAUUUGGCAAGGAUUCAAGGCUUUCAGGUAUGGGAGGGGGAAAAUGAAGCCCUUCAGCCAGAAUCAUAGCAUUGCCAUCAAGGUUUCACUCUUGCCCUCUUGAAUGUGGGCAUGCAUGUAACUUAUCUUGUAAAAUUAGCUGGUGUCCAAGGCAGUUUCUGGGUCCAGGAGAUACAACCCUGCACCAAUAUACACGUCCCUCCUUCUCUUUUUUGUUCCUUCCUCCCAUUCACCUUACUGCAGGCCAUCUUCCUCUCCUUUGUUUAUUCUCCUUAAAUAAUUACAGGCUUAAAUUAUGCUUUUUACUUGCACUUCUUUGAGAGUCUUCACUUCUCUCCAUUAGAAGCUUUACAUGCUGCUCUGGCGCUGAUUUCUGUCUUUGACUCUGAUCCAGAAGGUACUGACACACCACCUUAACUUUGCGUUUGUCUUCUGGGCCGGGUCGCUGAAGCUGUUACUCUGCUUCCCACCCUGCACCUCUGAGUUGUAACCUGUAGAACAACAUUUUGAUCAGAUGGUGCAGCCUGGGAGCAGAGCUGGUGUCAGAGCAGUGCAGAAUGUUUUUGACAUCACAGUCAAUACCAGAGAAUGUAAGAUGAAGCACGCUGGGUCAGCACAUGAGUCCUUCAGCACUGAUAAUCUGUAUCCAGCAGUGGCAAAUAUCCUACAUUUCAUAGGACAGUGGCAGCCUCUGUAGUAUAUCCAGUCAUUUCUGCAGUGUGGAAGAUGGGAAAAGGAAGCCUCUUCCCAGUCACCAUUACAUGCAAAAUUACACACAUAUGGAUGGUAGCUCAUUUUACUGUGUUGCACCAUUGGAGGAUAGGACCAGCUAUGUAGAAAUAUUCUUUUUCCUGUUGUAGGUUUUUGUUUUGGGGGUUUGUUUUGUUUUUUUCUUUUCAGAGUUGUGAAUUUGCUUCAUUUGAAAAGUUGGUUUCAUAUGUUUUAGCAUAUGUAAUUUGAUCAUGUAACCAAAUUCUGGAAAUGGGAGGUUUCUGUUAGAAUUUUUGCAUGCCUGAUAAUGAUUUUUUUCAUCAAAACCCAUGUAAAUUACAAAGUAUGCAGUUGUUGGAAGUGAUUUAAAAGAGGCUGCUAACAUUGGGGAAAUAGUGUCAGAUGUUCUGCUGGCGUAAGCAGUAUAGUUAAAUUGCGUUUGCAUACAUCAGAUAUCACCAGUUGUGGAUUUGACCUAACACUGUUUCUGUCUAAAAUGUACAUUCAGCUUUCUUUUGGUCUUCAUUUUUAAAAUGUCAUUUUUGAUUCAUUAGUUUGAUUGUGUCUUAAUGCAAGAAACGGUAAAAGCCUAAGCAUCACCGUAGUAGAAUUAAGCUGCUAAUAGGAAUUCAGUUUUCCCGAGUUCCAUUUGUUACCUGCCUGCAGUAGAAACAGAUGAAUUCUGAUGAAAAGAAAUUCAAUCCGUGAAGUUUUCACUGCUCACUUUCACAUCUUGUCAGAUUGCUUGUGUCUACUAGUAACACUUUAUUUUCAUAGAACAGAUGCACAAUUUAUGUUACUGUUUUGAUUCCUACUUGCCUACAGUAUGUGGUUACUGUAAAAUGAUUAGUUGUGUUUGUCCAGGUUUUUUUCAUGCUUUGAUUCUAGAUGCUUAUGUAGAAAUUGUUUUUAAAGGGUCUUACCUUGAGCCAAAAAAUAUAAUCUGUUUCAUCCAUAAACUAGACUACUACUUUUUAGUUGGCCCUGAUACAAACCAAGGAGUUUGGUAGAGAAUCUCGAUUAUUAACAUCAAUCCGCUGUGUAUGUAACUGAUGGUUUUACAUCAUCUUAGCAUGCUUUUUUAACACCUCGCUUGAAUAAGCCUGGUAUUGAUGUGAAACUCUGCCACUGCUGAGUGGCUGAGCCAAGGUGGAGCAGUGAACAGAAUCUCUGUGGGAAAUGGCUCAGUGGCCUGUCAGGUGCAUAUCACAGGUCUCUUCACCAUUUCAGCCUAGAAAGCUCUUUGUGUUUAAGAGUUUAAAAGCUGAUUUCUUUACAGGUUAACUUUCUCAGGCAUAUUUACCAAGUAGAAAACUACUGCAUUUGCGAACAGCUAACUUGUUUCAUGUUUCCUGAAUGACCCAAAAUGAUUUUAAAUUGUUAGCAUGUAUUUGUAUUCUGGUCCGGAUGAUAACCAUAGUUUUGUCUUUCAUUGAAGAACGUAUACAUUCUGUUCUGUUACAAUGUAUUUUUGAAUUUUUAAAAAAAUCAAUAAAUACUCAUAUGAUGUUUCAUUUGUAAAUGUAAAAAAAAUGUUAUUUGCUUAUUUGAAUGGGUUUUUUGAACUUCUUUAGCUGCAGGGGACACGUCUUUAUAAUGUGGUUAUUUAAUUUCAGUUCUUCUAAACUGUUUGUAUAUGAUCUCAAUCGUGUUCUAUUGUAAGCCCUUAAUAUUAAGAAUUCUUGGGACCAAUGUAUGGAAAAGUACUGAAAAAUUACAUUUUUAUGUUUUAUGGCUUAUUAUUCUAAAGAUACGUGUAAUUGAUAAGCAGCAGCUCAGUGUCACUGAAAAACAGGUGCCUAGCUUGGAUACUUUUAAGGCUCAGGCUUCAAAUUACCAGCGAUAAUUAAACACAAAUACUUCAAGAAAGCCUUUGCAAACUCUGAA